AUGUCGUCCUAUCGUCGAAACCCAACCGAGUCGGAUGAGAUCACUCCCAUUCGAACGGCCGACGGACAGCUAGAUCGUCGGUACAACACUACCGAAGAAAGGGCUACUCCAAACACUGUCGGGUCUUCAACUCUCGGAUCGACGACUCUCGCAGGCUCCGGUCAGGAAGAGGAACAAGAUUGCGCGCAGCAAGAGCCUAAACGCGCUUGGACGCCGGCGUGGCUGAAGAAGAUUCCGGAAAAAUAUGGUUCGGUAACACUGGAGAACAAAGGAUCCGUGGCCCGGGACCAUCUUGCCCUCGAGAGAACCUUCCUCGCCUGGCUGCGGACCAGCCUAGCAUUUGCGAGCAUUGGCAUUGCCAUUACCCAGCUGUUUCGUCUCAACACCGCCAUUCAGAGUCGCAGCGAGUCUCUCAGCGUACGGCAGGCGCUGCCUCUUUCACCGCUCGUCGGACACUCCUUGCCAGACGAGCUCCUGCCCUUUCUUCAACAGAUCGCUGCAUCGGUUGCAAGCCCUACUCUCCUGGACCAACUGCUUCUCCUCCCGCCGCGCGAUGUUGGCGGAUCUGCAACCUCUAACGACUAUUCGGGUGAAACUGGCGUUGAAAUUGCUGCCUUAAACGAUGUCGCCGCCACGAAACUGCGCCAUGUUGGAAAGCCGCUGGGAGCGACGUUCAUUGGCGUCUCCGUUGUCAUCUUGUUUAUCGGCUUCCAUCGCUACUUCGAGGCCCAGCAUUGGAUCAUACGUGGCAAGUUCCCAGCGAGUCGCGGAAGCAUUUUCGCCGUGUCCUUUGUUACGGGUUCGCUCAUCAUCGCGAGUUUUGUUGUGGUGCUUGCGAUAUCUUCAACCAACUACGAGAAGAAGUAA